CGAUGAUAUUCGUCUUUUCGUCACAAUUUUGUGUUUUUGUACAGUUGUUAUCUACUAUUUCGCGUAUUACCCACAUCUUGUUAAUUUUUUGGAAUGUAAAAAUCGUACGACCCGUGGAAUGGAGGACGAUAACUUGAACAUGCUACUGGAUAUGGGUUUCCCAGAUCCUCUCGAAAUCCGGCGUGCACUUCGCCUUGCGAAGAACGACGUGGGGGAGGCGGUUGGCAUUCUUACGCACGAGAAUCCGAGUCCGUCGUACGAUGUGUUAGACGACAUUGACAUGAAAGAUGUCGGAACUAAAACGUAUGGUCCCAGUCUUCCACCUGCCUACGAAGUAGUGGUCGGACAGACUGCAAACACAGAUCAGGACCAAGAUGAUUCAAACGCCUCAUUCGAAUUUCCGGCAACUAACCUUUAUGAGCUGGAGGGUCGAGUCUUCACGGAUAAUUGGUCCAUUCCCUACAAGAAGGACGAGUCACUCGGAAAGUGCCUUAUAGCCGCCACGCGGCGUGCGAACGAAGGUCUUCUGGAAGCCGACGAGAAUUGCAGGAGGUUCGUCGAGCGAUGCAUGCCCGAGGCUUUCAAGAAGCUGGUGAAGUCCGGUGCGGUGCACCGCUGGGGUCCAGAGAUUCAGGAGGGCAUCUACAACAUGCUCACGCUUUUCACGGACCUCGCGGCCGCACGCUUGAAACACCUGCCCGUUCCUGUGCGCCUGCUCGAAACGCUCGCCGUCGCAUUCGAUCAUGAGUCAGAAUGGCACUACAAGAACAAGAGCAGACGAUGGGAUAAGAAGGAUCACUGGGAGGAUCGGUUAGGGGCAGAUAACCUGUUUGCUGUCAGCCCACCUGCUAACUCUUACAAGGAACCGCACGGCUUGCUGGUGAAUCUCAUCAACAAGUUUGGCGAGCAGGGAGGCAUAGACAUGAUCAAGAGGAGACUUGAAGAGGAGGAGCCUGAUUCAUGUGUGAUGGCGGCACUGCUGGAACCGCUGGGCCUGUGCGCGGAAUACCUCAACCAGAAGAAGUUCCAGACUCUGCUCGCGCCGGGCCUUGACAAGUGUGUGCAGUACAUCCAGCGGCUGCAGGAGCAGGAUCUAAAGCACAAGAGGGUGGCGAGCGUCGCACAUCUCCUCGGCGCCAUCAAGCUGCUCUCGCUGCAGCUAUGGCCGGAGAAAGUUGAGUCGAUCGACAAUCUUCGCCUAGAGGUGGCGCUACGUAUGCUCAAGUCGCCGCACUUCAAUGCAAGGAUGAACAGCUUGAAGGAGGUCACCAAGCUGAUAGACGACAGCACAAGCACGAAACCCGUGAAACACGCCAUCGACUCAGAAAAGAUCUUGGAUUGGCUGGUUAACAACAAGGUUUUAUCCAUUGCACUAGAAGGUAACAUAGACCAAGCACAGUACUGUGACAAGAUCAAAGGAAUAGUAGAAUUUCUGGGAACAAGGUUAACAUUGGAAGAGCUGUCUAAAAUCUGGCAACUCCAGACGGGCCAGCACAGCACGGUGAUAGAAAACAUACACUCGCUGAUGGCCAGUGCAUCUGUCAAGUUUAGUCCCCAGCAGCAGGAACAUCUGUUUGUCCUCAUACAGAAGAGCUGGGAAGUAGAGACGGAUCGAAUCAGAGAGAAAUUGCUCAACCUCAUCGGCAGAAUUGGGAAGGAAGCUCGCGUUACCAGGACGACGGUGAAGGUGCUAGAUCUAUUGUGGGAGUUGGCACAUCUGCCCACGCUGCCCAUGAGACUCGUAGAGUCCGCGUUAGACGCACAUUUUUCGAUUCUGAGCGAUUCGUUUGCGGUGAAGGAACAGUUGAAGAAAAACUACAUCAUGAAGUGCAUAGAUGACAUCAAGAAGGGUGUCUGGGUGCUGCCAGCCCUGAGACAGCUUAACAGCAUCGCACGAAGCAUAGCCAAGCAGACCUACAACAAACAGGAGAAGAGCAUGAUCAGUGACCUGAAUAAAAGUCAUGAAAUCAUCAAGAUGGUCAUCAGUAGUUUGUCACGUUUCCACAAGAUGGCAGUGCAAGUGCCAGGAGAAUGUCUGAGUCCAGAAAAGAUGGUGGAUGGCCGUUAUAUGCAUAAACAGUACGUUGCAGGCCACCUACAGUUCUUACAUUUUGUGCUGAGAGAGGGUGGCCUCUACCUGUCGUGGAGCCGUGUCAAGGAGCUGUGGGACACUCUCAUCAACAACCCUCAGGCCUGCGACUUUGACAGAGAGACGUGCUACGAGUGGUUCGCGGAGAGCCUGUGUGACCUUGAGUCGGAGACACAGACGCAGCUCUUCCACCAGCGCAUUCUAAAGAUGGACUCCACUCGCCUUUCUGCCACAGGUUUUGACUGCUUCAAGGCAGUGUUUGAGAGUAUCAAUAUAUUCGAGCAUCGGUUGAAAAGAUUCAGCAACACCAUGGUCGUGGAUAAGGUGGAGUUGACGGGCAUGGACUACCUGUGGUCUGUGGCGCUCGAGUCGUCGGACGAGCCGCUGGCAGACGCCGCCGUCAGCUACCUCAUUGAGCUGCUCUACCUGAACCUCGCGCCGCGGCUGAAGAAGGACGCGCAGGCCCUGCACAGACGCUUCAUCAACGACUGCUACAAGCGACUCGAGGCAUGCAUCAUCACGCUGGGUAACUCUGCACUGGCUGACGCCAUCUCUCAAGCGACCAAAGUACUGACCGCGUCGACGGUGGCUGAGGUCGCAUCCGUACCUACUCCAUCCAGGGUUGGGAGGCUACAGAACAUCGAGCGUCUGCUGCUGAUCGCCGAGCGUUACGUGACGACGGUGGAGGACCACCACGUGCCGCGCACCAUCCUGCCGCACGCUCUCAGCUUCCACGGCCACCCCGUAGCCCUGCACGUCGCCUGUGACGCGCCCAAGCAUGAGUUCUCUAUAAACGCGCACUCAAACGAGACGUUGGCAUCGGUGAAGGAGCGGGUAGCUCAGUACCUGAAACACAACCCAGAACAGAUACAGCUGGCAGCAGGCGACUCGAUCCUGCUGAGCAGUCAGGACCAGAAGCUACUCUAUCAACUGGAAUUCCAGGACGUGCAGCCGCUGCAGUGCAAGAUGGGCAUCGCCACGGUGGGCCCCGUCGUACCCUACACCGGCACCUACCACCAGCCCGUACAGCCAGAAGAGUCAACAAAAAUGGAAGUUGAGGUGAGCAGUGCGUCGGCGUCUGCGAGCGCGCCCAACACGUAUGACCUUGACCACGAGCGACAGUGGCCCGGCGUCAUCAUGGCUGCCGGCGGACAUGUGUUUGAGAUGUUCUACCAGCUGGCAGAGCUUGACGAUCCAAGGAUCAGAGCCAGGGUGCGAAGCCUGCUGAUGCUUAUACCUACCGACUCCUCAGUACUGGAUGCUCUAGACUCCAUAGGUGCCAAGGACGGUAGACCGCCUCCUCCUGCCAUGUCGGGUGUAGAGGAGGCGGUGCGCAGCCCGCGGGUCAGCCCCCGGCUCAGCCCGCGUAAACGUCAGGAGGCCAGCACGUCUGUCAAGGAAGGCUUCAGCAGCAAGCUGACGCUGCAGCGGCUGUUCGACGCCUGCGCGCCCAGCAUGUCGACGUUCAGAGUUGUAUACAACCUACAGGUGUUGAGCGCUAAGCUGAUGCCGACUACGGGCGACCCGGCGACGUUGAAGAGCGCACAGCAGUUCUGCGAGGACUUUCUCAACGCGGGCGGCCUCGGCCUCGUCGUCAACGUGCUGCAGCGCGACGCCAUGUCAUCCGACGUCGACUACGAGACGCGGCAGGAGUGCUGCUCCAUCGCCCUGCAGCUAGCCAGCAAUGGAGAUCAUGACGAUGAGGACAACAACAACAACAACGGAGAUGGUGAUAACAAUGAUGAAAACGACGGUAGAGAUAGAGGUACGUUCUACAGCAUGGCGUGUGUCGGAGACUUCAUCGUGGAUCUGCUGCUCGGCUGUCCGAACGACGACGUGCGCGACCAGGCUCGCAAGCAGUUCCUGCAGCUGUCGCGCACCGUGUGCCCGCCGCUAGAGGGCGCCGCUGGCCAGACGAGUCCGCACCACUUCAUCCUGCACGUGCUGCUGAAGGCGCACCUGCCGCUGUGGGUGUCGUCCGGCACCACCCGCGGGUCCAGUCAGAGAUUGCUGGCACAGUGCACGCAGUACUUUGAGCUACGAGCGAAACUGCUGGAAAAUCUCACACUGUCCGAGCAGCAGGACCUGCAGGUGACCGUUUCCGCGAUGCUCACGGACGAACUCGAGUGGCUCAACAACUUCUCAACGUCAGAGAAGCCGUCUCUGGUUGCCGGGGACAACGCGCUGCUGGCGGGACACUUCCGUCUCAUCCGCUCGCUGCUCAUGUGCGAGGGCAUCCACAAACAACACGUCGGUAAAAAUCUUUUGGAAGACCUGCUGAGUGAGUUUCUCUUUCCCGCUUCAAAGUACAUCGAGAACAGCAGCAGUCCGACGAACCAGUCGCUCUACAUCAACCCCAAGUGCAGUGGGCUGGAGUCGCGCGUGGCUGCGUAUCAGGUUCUGGUAGAGCUGUGUACAGGCUGCCUGCAGAAUCAGCAGCUGGUCAGCGGACAUCUCAUCAACAUGCACCACAAGCUGGCCACAGACAUCGGCAACGAGUGGGAGUACUUACCGCCCGUGGACGGACGUGCUCCAUGCGGGUUCGUCGGGCUGAAGAACGGGGGCGCCACCUGCUACAUGAACUCAGUGAUCCAGCAGCUGUACAUGCAGCCGGACAUCUGUCAGGCUCUGCUAGCUGUGGAGGGCGAGGAGAACGAAGAUAGUGUCUUCUACCAGAUGCAGGUGGUGUUCGGAAACCUGCUCGAAUCCAAGCUGCAGUACUACUCGCCAACAAAGUUCUGGGACACGUUCAAGCUGUGGGGACGGCCGGUGAAUGUUCGCGAACAGCAGGAUGCGUUCGAGUUCUACACGGACCUUCUCAACCAGCUCGACGAACACUUGAUCAAAUUAAACAAGACUCCAAUAUUCAAGAAGAAGUUUCAGGGGGUGUUUUCUGAUCAGAAAAUUUGCAAAGACUGUCCACACAGGUACGAGAGAGAGGAGACGUUUGCAGCCCUCAACCUGACAGUAAAGACAGGCUGCCUGCAGGAUUCGCUCGCUCAGUACGUCAAGGGAGAGCUGCUGGAGGGAGACAAUGCAUACUACUGCGAGAAGUGUGGCACGAAGAGAACGGCUGUGAAGAGAACGUGCAUCAAGACGCUGCCACCGGAGCUGUGCAUGCAACUGAAGCGCUUCGACUACGACUGGGAGGCCAAUAGAGCGCUCAAGUUUGACGAUCACUUCAGGUUCCCCUGGGUGUUGGACAUGGAGCCAUACACGUCCGAGGGACUCGCACGCAGGGAGUCCGGCGACAACAAACAGGAGGACAACAUGAUGGAGACAAACCAGCUGGACGCGGUCGCCGUGGCAACGACGUACGAGCUGGUGGGCGUUGCCGUGCACAGCGGGCAGGCCAACGCGGGCCACUACUACUCCUUCAUCAAGGACCGCAGUGGCAACGCUCUGACGAACGCCAACCGCGGCAAGUGGUUCAAGUACAACGACACGACGGUCGAGGAGUUCCUCAUGAACAACGACAGCCUCGAGGCGGAGUGUUUCGGCGGAACCUACAAGGCGAAGGUCUACGAUCAGUCGAGCUCGUAUCCUGAGACACGGCAGCGAUACUGGAACGGCUACAUGUUGUUCUAUGAGAAGCUGGAGGACCUGAGAGCGCCGCGCAUGCGCAGGAAGAGCCGCGCCAAGCAGAAGCAGCAGCAGCUGUCACCCGGGCCGUCACCGUGCAAGGACACGGACAGGAAGGAGUCGGACAGUCUGUCUGAGCUGUCAGAGCUGGUGAGCGCGGGCGAGCGGCGUGGCAUCUUCACAGAGCAGAUGCCUGCGCGCAUACAGCAGGUCGUCAGAGAGGAGAACUUACGAUUCAUGCAGAACCGCGACGUAUUCAACGCUGAAUACUUCCACUUACUCUACCAGCUGACACGCUGCAACACUACCAAAGAAGCACUGCAGAACCACCAGGUGGCAUUGCAGUCAGUGCAACUAGCAAUACAGUUUCUCUUCACUGUUUAUUUCCGCACAAAACGAUCCCUCAGGGCAGAUACGUGUGAGUGGCUGGAGUUGUUGGAGCGAAUACUGCAGAACAGCAAGGAGGCUUGCAACUGGCUCGUGGAUUUUCUCGGCAGCACUAAGGGACAGUCAUUUAUUGGGCCCCUUCUUCUCAACUGUCCAGUGCAGGACGUGAGAGUGGACUUUGCAAGCAUCCUACAGAAGACCUUUACCUACUUCUUCUUCCACGGAGGCACCACUAGCAGUAAGAUGUUUAAUGAGGUGAUAGAGCUGCUGCUGGAGAUGUUAAACAAGGAGGUGCAGGACAACUGUAAGCAGUGCAUGCAGUACUUCUGGCUGCUCUGCUCCUACGCACAGAUGGGUACGAAGGCAUGCGCUCACCUGUUUGGCAAAAGCGGAUUCCAGCGACUCGUUGGGUUCCUGAUCGGACGGUCGCCACCGACAACACCAACGACUGAGGAGCUGCAACCACGGCGAUGGAGCUCUCUGCAGGCACGAGAGUUUGGGCAGCUGCACGUUGCCCUGGCAACCCUAGUCCUACACUGUGAUGUCACUCCCUAUAGAACGGUCGCUACGGGGACGCACAAGCUGCCCAGGCUUCACACGCACGUCUCUGAGAGCCAUCUGAAGAUGCCGGACGAUGUUCACUCGAUGCUGUACGGCCCCGAAUCACUGCGAUAUGUGAGAGAGGUGGCGCUGUCGUGCCGCGAGAUAGAGAGCGGUGAUGCUCAGGCUAACGUUGACAUGGUCGUCUACUGCAGCUUCUGUAAUGAGCUGUUCUCUGUCUCCAUACUCAGGCAAAUCAUGAACCUGUAUGCCAGCAUCGCAUCGAAUGAACUAAAGCCAAUCUUUGAGCUUCUGAUGCGAGUCUUGUUAUUGGAGGAUCCACUUCAACUCUACAGGUUACAGUGUAUCAUCGACGGAUACACGGAUAAGGAGAAGGACAUGCAGUACGAUGGAAUGCUGACUGUGAUUAAGAUGAAUCACGUGAGUGACAGCAGACGCUCAUAUCAGUGUAUUAAGUUCCUUGUGAAUCUAGCCAGCAAAUGUCAAGUAGCAAAGGAUUACCUUAUGCAGACUCCGUCGAAGUGGCAGUGGGCCGUCAACUGGCUCAAGAAGAAGAUGACGGACCAUUGCUGGCCUCCCGCGUCCGUGCUCCCUGCCUCGAAUGAAGAUUCAAACAGCAAGUCAUUUCAGCGGACAAUCAGCGCUCAGGACACGUUGGCAGAGGCUACAGCACUCCUCACAGAGAUAGAAAGCAGUGACCAGAUGUCUGACAUGGAAACCGGCGAAUCAGAGUUGUCGUCCACGGCGACGGCGACAACAAACGACCCGCCGGUCAAGAUGGAUGCCGGCGAUGAGCAGACGACAGCGAGAGCGGCGGCAUCAGCGAUCUCACCUGUGGAGGUCACGCAUGCGUCAGCGGGGGUCGUCGCCGCGGCGACGAAGACGGAGACAGUGAGUCCCACUCUCGAUAGCAUGGACUGAU